AUGCCCUCGAGCCGUGGGCAGCUGGGACAAGCAGUAGCGGACUUGGUCAACGAGGCUGAGUGGAACAGCACGGACGCUCUGGGCGUGAUAAGCCAACCUGGAUAUGUUCCGGCCACAUGUCGCCUCACAUUCCGGGAGGGUAUGGUGAUGUAUGGCAACACUGUGGUGUACGUCGGCAUCACUGUGGACAAUCCCUCUACAGCGCUACAACAGUCCGAUAGUACCAAUGUUUGGACAUUUGAAGUGAAUCAGAAAGACAGCGGGCCGAGUUAUGAUAAGGCAGCUUUGAUGUUUACUCUGUCGCAACCCACGACGACGACAGCGUCCUUCGCGCCUGUCACUGAUCCUGAGCAUUUCAGUGCUAAUGUGGCGGUUCUUGGAAAGCUGUCGGACGAAGUCAUUAUUCCCACCAAUUUCGCCGUAGAGGCUUGGAAUGAACUGCAGGUCUUUUUCAAGACGGAACAAGAGUGCGGUAGCGCUGAUGAUGGUGCUGCACAAGUGUGGAUUGAAGCACCUGCGGGUUUUGACUUUUCUAACUAUUGUUCGCUCCUUACGCUUGACGACGGCUAUUUUGUACCGGAACCGGCGAUUCCCACGAAGAGGUUACCAGUUGGCACGAAUAUUAAUUGUCGUGGCGCAGCGACUUUAACUUUGGCUGCAUCGAGCACCCUAUAUAACGUUGCUCGGGUCGCUACGACCAGCCGUAUAUUAGGAGGACAGUUUUACGCGUUCGGUCUGCAAGUUCGGAAUGCCGCUGAGUAUGAGCAUGGUGGUAGAUGGACCAUCACGACUCGCACAAAAUCGGGCUCGCCAUGUGAUAGCAGUUUCUACAGCGUGAGAAUGAACCCUCAGGAAGCAGUGGGCAGCAAUAGCAAGUCUUGGGGUGUUUACCAACGAGCAAUGCCGCGCAGUAACUUUGGUAUCACCUUGGUCGACUUGAAACCGGCGGUUUUGGAGACGGAUUCCCCCACUGAUAUAAUCGUCUUUCCUAUAAUCGUCCAGAAGAACACGAAACAGAAUUUCAGGAUUGUGGCGCCUGGAGGAUACAAAUGGGAGUUCACUAAUGAGGAAUUCAAGGGCGGAGGAAUAGUCAUUGAAGGACCAACCGAUUUCAUUUUCGAGAAGGAGUGCACGGCUAUCACAUUCCCUGACUUUACGUCUUUACCAACGGAUAGUUACUGCCGAUAUGAAAUCGACCAGACUGCUCGUGACAUACCCGUGGUCACCAUCACCGCUGGCGUUAGCGGCAUCGCCGCUGGCAUGUACAAGUUCUGUCUAACCGUCCAGAAUCCGAGUACAGUCAGUGAUACCAUCGGUAUGUGGACAUUCCACAGCUACGCCCUCAUCAGCGGAAAGACCUAUUUAGACUAUUCAACGCAGGCACCUGGGUUUUCCAUCAAGGGCCCAAUGCAUGCCUAUCGGUUACUGGAGCAGCGUCGCCGGGGAGAGUGUGGCGUCGCCUCAGUAUCGAGCACUUGUACUUUGGAAGAAUUGAGCUACUGGCUCACAGGGAGGGAUGAUCGUCCUGGAUUUGCUAAUCAGCUCAUAUUCGGAUUUGCUCUAACGCACGCUGGCCUCGAUGGUCAGCUGGUUGUCACAGCUCCGAUUGGCUUCGAGUUUGAUUAUGAAUGCGGAGUCGUCACGGAUUCCUCUCGGGUUCUCGAUGCUACCAAGUCGAUAGGCGACACAUCCCUUCCAGAUAGCUUCACCCAGCUUUACGAACCGUGGCCAGCUCCGCCGUUUGGGGAGAUUACGCGUUGUGCUGGCGAGGACAACGUGGCUCGUAUGGACAUCAGGCAGGGGCUUAAUGCAAGCAAAUUAUAUAUAUUCCGGCUUGGCAUUUUGAGGAACCCCAACGCGACGCCACAGCGCAACAAGUGGCUCAUCGAGUACGGGAAUGAAACCUCAGAGCCGAUCGAUGGUUUCCCGAUAUGGGCAUUCUACUAUGGGAAAAUUACGGCUAGUGAUACUAGCGCUAGCUCCAGCAUUCGACCUACUUAUAAUCUGGUUACUAUCGAACUUGGUAUUACUAACACUAUUCCGGGUGGAGGGCUCAUUGAAAUAGAAGCACCGACGGGCUUCCUGAUAGCUUCGGGAUGUGAGGCCACAGUCUUGGCCGGCCAAUCGAUGGUCGCUAAUGCGAUCUACAAAAUAACGGUGAUGGUCAGUAACCCUACUUCGAUAUCUCCUGUGAACUCUUGGACAUUCCAGUCUUAUGAGAAGGCUGAUGUAACUACCUCUACACUAGACUAUGCGCAGUUUCCAGGUUUCAGCGUAAACUUCGUCACCACCUCUUUCAAGAUGCUCUCUGCGUCCUCCCAUUACGGCCUCACCGAAGUCCGCUUGGAAUUUCUCAUGUCGUUUCCGGACGUCGUUGUGGCCGGUGACGAGAUAGUGCUACUAGCCCCUCGAGGCUUCAGCUUCAGCGAGAUUGGUAAGGAGGAGUGUAGGGAUUAUGCAUUGAUAUCACAUGAAGGAGUAUCACCAUCUACAGCCCUGGACCGGAGUCCUCCUGUAUGCUCUGCUAAUAUGAUUUCGUGGACUAUUCUGGAGGGAGCCUUGUUCGCUUCGACUCCUAUUCGCUUCGCGGUAUCAUCGAUGAACCCAGCGACUACUCCAGAUGAUAACACUUUCCAUGUAAAACAUAUUCAAUAUAAUGGGGGGGAUGUACGUGCUAGCGCCGUACUGUACGGGUACGCAAUAAUACCUCAGCUGAAGGAUGUGAGCAUUUCAUUGGUAGAGCCUCCAGUGAGAGCUGCGAACAGCUACAGUAUGAUCGAGAUCAAGCUAACUCCAAUAACCCUCGCUAACCUACUCUUGAUCAAGGGCCACAUUACUGAUCGGAUGAACUCCCAUUUUGGCAUGAAAGACGUCGUUUUACGGAUUCCCGCGAAUACGCAAUCUACUGAUGAGAUAAUCAAAAAAAGUGUCUCGGAAGUUUCCUUUCACCUGAGCGCCAUGCUGAUCGGCGAGAACUAUGUGUCGUUGGAAAUAACAGCGCCCAAAGGGUUCAAGUUUUCUAUCGGAAGCUCUUGUGUGACGAACUCCUCAACAGAGGAUCAGUGGUCGGUUUUUAACGACUGCAACGGCGAUGAGAAUGUCGCUACCCUCACUACAGCAACGAAUGUAUUGAAUGCAGGUCAAACGAUUAUCGAUAUGGUGUGUGUGAAUCCUGAUGCUACACCACUUGACAAUUCCUGGCGACUUGCUCUCUAUCUCGAUGCUAACAUUUCUCAUUACUGGUACAUUCAGAUCGAGGAGGGGUAUGAAAUUAAAGCGAUGGAGGCACAGUUUGUGGGCAGUAACCGUCUUGGCGUGAGCGCUCCGGGAUUUUUCACAUUCGUGUCUUCCCAGGGAAUAGUUGGUCCUAUUCAAAUCGAUAUAACACCACCGGUCGGGUAUGAACUGAAGUGUACCCCGUCGUAUCGUGUCGGUCUGUUGACGCCUCCUCAAUGCGAGGAACAGAUCGGCACUACGGGGUCAGCCAUCAAGCUUCACUUUUCUGAGGUGUCCAUCGAUCAAGGGAUUGGCUUCACUGUGGCUAUUGAGAUCGUCAACCCCGGUGCUCCGCUUACACCAGACCCUGAUACUGGCAUCAGUAGAAAUACCUUCGAGCUGAUACUUCGUGAUACAGAAGGAAACACCAUCGACGCUAAUAUGGCGGUCCUAGGCAUGGAUCUGGCCAACGUCCCGAUCAUUGGCUCCGCCCUAGCAUGGGAUGCUGUAGAAGCUCAGAGCAUCUCGAAAGUUCAAAUAGUCCUAAAAAUCAGCCGAGAUAUGCAACCUGAAGAGGUGCUCGAAAUACAUGUCGAGGCGCCCCAGGACGUGGCAAUGACCGCUCCGUCCAACGUCGUAUUGUCCGACAACAUCCCCGUAUCGGAUGUGGCUCCGGUAUCAGUAGCCGGAAAUCGCCUCAUUAUUCGUCUUAUGAGAGCAUCACUGAGUCUAGGACAAGUAACGGAAGUUGAAGGUCUUCGCGAGGGAACGGUGAUCAUUAAUUUCUCGGUGAAAAAUCCAUCCCAGCUGCCGAACGCGAACUACUGGGUUGUCAAAAUGCUCGGCGAGGAUCGGGUUUUGGUAUUUCAGCACGUUUUUGAAGGGUAUGCACUGAGCUAA